GAAGAAGAAACAUGUCACAAAGUCUUCUCUCUGCUCUGCCGGCGACAGUUCCAAGUUCAUCUUCCACGGCAAAGUGGUUGAUCGGUGACCGCCGUUCUUUUGGAAAUCCCAAUCCGUCUUUACCUCCUCGCCACAUCCCGCCGCCGCUAUCCCGGAAAGUUCUCCGGCCCUUUCUUCCUCAAGUCUUCUGUAGUAACAAUCUAGCUUUAGAAUUCAAGAGUGGUCAAAGUAUGCGUGGGUUCCAUGAAAUUGAGCUACAAGUGCGAGACUACGAACUCGAUCAAUUUGGUGUCGUAAACAAUUCCGUGUAUUCAAGUUAUUGUCAACAUGGACAAAAAGAAUUGAUGGGACUGAUAGGAAUAAACGCAGUUGACGUUGUUAGUUCAGGCGAGGCCCUAGCCUUGUCUGAGAUGACACUAAAAUUCCUCAAUCCACUAAGAAGUGGAGACAGGUUUGUUACGAAGGUGAGAAUAUCGAAUUCAUCAGCAGACAGAUUCUACUUUGAAUACUACAUCUUCAAGUUGCCAGAUUAUGAGCCUAUUCUUGAAGCCAAAUCGUCUGGAGUUUGGCUUGACAAGAACCAUCGCCCUGUUCGAUUACCAGCAGAUUUGAGGUCCAAAUUUGUCAAGUUUAUUCGAGAAGAGGAUAAAUCCAACUAA